CGGCGCCGCCGCCGCUCCCGCGCUCGCGCUCCCGCCAUGGCGCCCUUCGAGCCGGCGGCGCUGCCCGAGCUGCUCCCGGUCUUCUACCGGCGCCUCUUCCCGCACGCCGCGUACGGCCGCUGGCUCAGCUACGGCGGCGUGGCCAAGAACUACUUCCAGCUGCGGGAGUUCUCCUUCACACUGCGAGACGACAUCUACCUGCGCUUCCAGUCCUUCGGCAGCCCCCAGGAGCUGGAGCGGGAGCUGCAGAAAAUCAACCCCUACAAGAUCGACAUCGGGGCUGUGUACUCGCACCGCCCCAACCAGCACAACACGGUGCACCCGGGCGCCUUCCAGCCGCAGGAGAAGGAGCUGGUGUUCGACAUCGACAUGACGGACUACGACGACGUGCGCACGUGCUGCAGCUCCGCCGAGAUCUGCCCCAAGUGCUGGCCCCUGAUGACCAUCGCCAUCCGUGUCCUCGACCGGGCGCUCGUGGAGGACCUGGGCGUGAAGCACCGGCUCUGGGUGUACUCGGGCCGCCGGGGUGUCCACUGCUGGGUGUGCGACGACGCGGUGCGCAAGUGGUCGCCGGCGCUGCGCGGGGCCGCCGUGGAGUACCUGUCGCUGGUGAAGGGCGGCGCGGAGAUGGUGAAGAAGGUGACGCUGUCGGAGCCCGUGCACCCCUUCGUCAGGCGCUCCGUGAGCGUCGUGGAGCGCUACUUCGCUGCCUACGCCCUGGAGGGCCAGGACAUCCUGGGCAGCCGCGAGAGCUGGGAGAAGGUGCUGGCCCUCGUGCCGGAGGAGCACCGCGAGCCGCUGCGGGGCGAGUUCCCCAAGAAGAGGGACUCGGCGCAGCGCUGGGAGCUGCUGAGGGCCCGGAUGGAGCGGACGCGGCGCCCCGCGGCCGCCGGGAAGAGCCCGCCGUGCCACGCCGACUGGGAGAUCAUGCUGCAGUACUGCUUCCCCCGGCUGGACAUCAACGUCAGCAAAGGCGUGGGGCACCUGCUGAAGAGCCCCUUCAGCGUCCACCCCAAAACAGGGCGCGUUUCGGUGCCGCUGGAUUUGCAGAGGCUGGAGCACUUCGACCCCUUUGCCGUCCCCACCAUCAGCUCCCUGUGCCAGGAGCUGGAUGCAGCCGGCGAGCCGGAGGAUGGCGGCGAGGCUGAGCCCGCGCGGCGGCCGCGGGACUACAAGCGGACGAGCCUGGCGCCCUACGUGCGGCUCUUGGAGCAGUUCGUGGAGGGCAUGGAGCGCGCCCGGCGCGGAGAGGCGCUCCGCCGCAGCGACCUACAGGGAGACUUCUGAGCCAGCAGCCGGGCCCCGCGUCCCGAGGCCGAGCCGCGUCCCGAGGCCGAGCCGUCUCUGUGCCACCGCCGCCAGCGGAUGCCCCAGCCCCCGCCAGCCUCUCCUGCCCCCCUUUUUGUACUCUUUUUGCACAAAGACCAUUAAACAGCUCUUGCUGCCUCCA